AUGACCGUCAUCUCGGACAUCAGUCCACGGCAAUGUGGUGGUGACGCUUCGGUCAAGUACAGCGCAGUCCAUCCUGCUCCGAUCAAAGAGAACAGGGAUGAAGCGCCUUAUGCUGUUUUCCGACCAAUCCAGUCAGCCAACCAGCCGUGGAAGAUUGACCCAAAGUCCCAAGACGUUGAAAGCGAUGGUCAGCGCAUAUUCUGUGAGGACUUUAGUCAGUCUCGAACACCCCAAGAAUAUGCCUUCAAACUAUGCCCUUGGGGAUACAGUCGAUCUGGAAAAUCUCCCUGGAAAGCGGUUGGGAGGUAG